UGAUGCGUUUGUUAGCGGACACUGUUCGCUGCCUGUCAAACCGCCCAGGGAGGAGGCAAACCAGCACAGGGUGCUCCAGAGGUCGCCAGAUAGGGAACCAGGACCUACAGUGUCCACAGUCUGUCCUUUGCUCUCGCUGGCUCAGCGCCGAGACAACAGCGCCAUGACUGACCGGGAAGAAUCCAAGAAGAUGAAUGGCAGUGCUGGUCACUCCUCGCAUCUUUUGGAGGCGCCCAAAGAGAGCAUGCAGCUGAAGAAGGAGAUCUCGCUGCUCAACGGGGUCAGUCUGAUCGUAGGAAACAUGAUCGGCUCUGGCAUCUUCGUCUCCCCCAAGGGUGUGCUGUUCUACAGUGCUUCUUACGGGCUGUCGCUAGUCAUUUGGGUUAUUGGGGGCCUGUUCUCUGUGGUGGGGGCCCUGUGCUACGCUGAGCUGGGCACCACCAUCACCAAAUCAGGGGCAUCUUAUGCAUACAUCCUGGAGUCGUUUGGCGGCUUCAUUGCAUUUAUUCGUCUGUGGACGUCUCUGUUGAUUAUCGAGCCCACCAGCCAGGCGGUUAUCGCCAUUACAUUCGCAAACUACCUGGUGCAGCCGCUCUUCCCAACAUGCGAACCGCCGUACACAGCAGCCAGGCUCAUCGCUGCAGCGUGUAUAUGCUUACUGACAUUCAUCAACUCCGCCUAUGUGAAGUGGGGCACUCGUGUGCAGGACACUUUCACCUAUGCUAAGGUGGCGGCCCUCAUUGUAAUCAUCGCCACUGGCAUCGUCAAGCUGUGCCAGGGUUACACAACCAACUUUGAAUCGUCCUUUCAGGGAUCGUCUACAGAUCCUGGUGACAUCGCACUGGCACUCUACUCCGCCCUCUUCUCUUACUCCGGCUGGGACACUCUCAACUUUGUUACUGAGGAGAUCAAAAACCCUGAAAGGAACCUUCCCCUGGCCAUUGCCAUCUCUAUGCCCAUUGUUACCAUCAUCUACAUCCUCACCAAUGUGGCCUACUAUGCCGUUCUGGAUGUUAGCGCUAUACUGGCCAGUGAUGCAGUGGCAGUGACAUUUGCAGAUCAUACUCUUGGUGUGAUGAGCUGGACCAUCCCCAUCGCUGUAGCUCUUUCCUGCUACGGAGGCCUCAACGCUUCCAUCAUCGCUGCAUCCAGGUUGUUCUUCGUGGGCUCCCGUGAGGGUCACCUUCCAGACGCUCUGUCCAUGAUCCACAUACAGAGAUUCACUCCGGUCCCUGCUCUCAUCUUCAAUUGUGUCAUGUCACUGAUCUACCUGACAGUGGAGGACGUCUUUCAGCUCAUCAACUACUACAGCUUUAGCUACUGGUUCUUCAUGGGUCUGUCCAUUGCCGGCCAGAUCUACCUCCGCUGGAAGGAGCCUGACAGACCCAGACCUCUGAAGUUGACUUUACUGUACCCGGUGGUGUUCUGUCUGUGUGCUGUUUUCCUGGUGGCAGUGCCUCUCUACAGCGACACGGUCAACUCUCUGAUCGGCAUUGCCAUUGCCUUGUCAGGCGUUCCUGUCUACUUCCUGGGUGUCUAUUUACCAGAGUCCAAACGACCACCUGUCAUCACCAAGCUACUGCGAUCUCUGACUCACUUUACCCAGUACUCCUGCUACUGCGUACUGACAGAGAUGGACAAAAGUGAAUAGCAUCCAGUGCACUUCAAAAACUUUACCCAGCAGUCUCUGCAUCCUCAAAGCUGACAGUCACCAAGGGACCAGACAGGGGAAUCUGGAUUUAUGACUCUUUUUUUUUUUUUGUACUGCACAAACGCUGAAGCUCUCGGACUUCACUGACUUGUUUACAACACUGGAAAUCCUGCCACAGAUGUACAAGUUCACUUGCAGAUUCAUCCUGGAAUUCAAGGACAUUGGAGGAUUUCAAACUUUAGUAGAGUCAGUACAGAUACUGUAUAUUACAUAUUGUGGAUAUUAUUACAGUUUCACUCCUUCAUCCCAAUGUUUAAUGACCUUCAGUAAAAACGAUUUGCCUUUUCAGUUUAUAGGUAAUUGUAUAAAUGCCUUUUGAGUAGCAUGUGUCUGUGAGAUUUUACAGGUGCUGUGUAGAUGACCACAGGGACCUGAUAAUGAUGCAAGUGCAUUUUAUGAUAUGGACUUAAGUUAUUGUAACUGAAACAUAUUAUGAACAGUGUGUGUGUGAAUGUGUUGAUUUUACUGAGAAUUAAAGUAUCAUAAAUUCUCUGUCAUUCAUUUGCUGAAUGAUAAAAGGGAGGAAAAUAUUUUUUGUCUGCUGCUAUGUGAAGAUGUUGAAUCAUCAUCCUUAUGCCACUGCCUUUAUGUCAUUUUGGUGCCACUAUAUAGUAUUUCUUUGUGUGUGUUCUUUGCAUUUUAACUUUUGUUGCUGUAUGCUGAAAUAGAACAUUGGCUUGUUUAAAGCAUCUCAGCUGAGGUGGGUUCAGUGUCUGCAGAGUCCACUCUGUCUGGCAUUGUAGGAAGCUGGAGACUUCCUGUUCCUUGUAUUUGCUUUAAACUGUUUAACCCUAAAUCAGUACACAGUGUGCUGUGUUCAAGACCUCAACACAUUGAGAACUGGGUCAAAAUAGCAUUUUAGUUAUCCAUUGUAGUUCUAUUGUUAUCCAUCUUUAAGUCCAGUUGUGUAACAUUACUCCGACCUUUGUUCUAAAUGGUCUCAAGUAAACUCUGCUUCAUACAUACUGUAUCUCAGAAUCUAUUCUGUCAAUUCAUCCUAAAUUGCACCUCUGGUUUCGAUCUUGUGCCGUUAAUGAGAUUGUGCGUUGGUACUGGUGUUCUCCUGGUCCAGUGUCUGACUCUACGUAACACACACAAGUACCAUGUGGCCACAAGAUGCAUAAUACGUAUGUGUAUAAUCAUUAGGAAACUGUUGAGUACUAAGGGAAGUGAAGUUUUAAUGUGCAGUUACAUCCCAAAUUAUUGCAAUACAGGAAGUUUUGGACAUGGAAAAUCCAUUUAAUGUCAAUGGAACCUUAUUUCAUCAUCUGCAUUUCAACCCCUCCUAGACAGCAGAGUUAACCCAAAAUCCUGGACAUAAGAGGAACAUUUUCAACAUGAGAAAGAUUGAUUGUCAGGGGUUUUUCCUAAGCCUAAAAAAGGAAAAUACUUUAUGCAUCAGUUUGAAAACUUCAUAGCAGUUGGGACGGAUUUUUAUACACCUGCCAUCACUGGCCUACCUCAUAAAAAUAACACUGCAUCACCUCAGGAAUGUAACUGAGCAAAACAGCUCAUGAGGUCACCAGCUCCAGCAAUAAUGAGAAUGCUGAAUCUCAGUUUUCCCUUAUUUUGUCACAUUUCCUUCCCCCACUUCCAACAGAACAUUUGAGUUUGUGGGUUACUGGGCUGCAUACUGUCUCUGGAUCUUGAAUGAUGAGAUUAUAUGUUCUAUCUCCAAACUGAUCUAAUUUUAGGGUCAAUCAAUAAAUUCUUCAAAAUGAACCAGUUUGUGUUCAUGGUGGAGGUAAAAUAAA